UCGACUCUUUGUCACCUUUCUAGCUACUUCUUAAGAAAGCAGACAAGAUUGUUUCUGCCCAACCGAGUUGAGGAUAGGGUAUAGAGGUUCCAACAGUCAUCAAAUCAAGGCCAUGCUCUCUAGCUCGCCGAACUCAUCCAGCUCAUCCAGCUCAUCUCCGAAUAGGGUGUCCUUAGUUCUCGCUGACACUUCGGCAUCGUACGAGCCAAUUUCAAGUUUUUCUCACGCGAUGGCCUCUUCAUCUCAGCAGUCUGAGUCGAACAACACUACACAGAAUGCCAACGCUACCAUCGGUCACAACAGCAACGACACCGCCGACAACAACGACAGCAGUGACAACAACAACAACAACAACAACAACAACAGCAACAACCACAACAUUAGCAAAAACAGCCAGAAUGAUGCUCACAAUGAGCACGCUCCCGUGGCCAUAAAUCUACGCUCUACAGCAACAGCCCCUAACCAUGUACUACACAUCCAUUACGAGUCCCUCCCAGCCCUCAACUUGAACCACCCUCCAUUCUACGGCACAUAUCGUGACUCAACCGACGGUGUCCCGCAGUACCAUCCCUUUUCCGACGACGACGACGACGACGACGACGGGCAGGAGUUGGAGGAGGAGAACAGAGAGGAGUCCGAGAAUCAGUUCUCGCGAAUUCAUAGGGUUGAUCACGCCUACAGUGACCGUUCUGGCCGUGAGAGGCAGCAAAGGGACGAGGAUGAAAGUGAUUCAGGCGGGGGUAGGAGACGCAGCAGGUGGGAAAGGAGAAGAGGGGUCGUCAUGAAGAUGAGAAAGGCAAUGAUUUGGAUUGUUGUGUUGCCGCUCCUAUUGGGUGCGUUGUGGGUUUGUAUCAAUCUGUUCAGAAAGGACGAGACUGUGUUAGGAACUUCGAAAAGACGAGUCGUCGUGGAUCAGAGAGGGAGAAAAUGCUAUCAAUGCGUCGGAGAGGGUGUUGGAGACCCGACUGGUUUGUCUUGAGAAGGGAAAAGAGUGUUUAGCGGGCGAGUUCGGAGGCAGCUAGUUGUUGCAGUGAUUUCUUGAUUUGUUAGGCCUGUCUGGCCAAAGUAUGUAGAAUGGUUCGCUUUCCAUUAUCAUUCAAUUUUCAUUGAAGGUUUUUCUGAAGGUG